CAGAAUGAAUAUGUACGUUAUUCGUCUGAGUUUGGUCCAACUGAGCCUACACAGGAGGAGCUAUUCAAAUUCAGAUCGAAAAAAUGGCGGGAGGAAGAUGAAAGGGGAGAACCUAUGGGUUGGGUUCUCGAAAUAAAUUGCGACGCCUCGAGGCUGGAUAGACUAGUAUUGGUUCGUCGCGCCAGGCUGAGGCGAUUAACGGUGUUCAGCUCGCUGCUAUGUCGCAGCAGAUUGCACAGCUUACACGUGCCGUGGCACAGUCUAUUGCUCAAAAUGAAGUCAUGCUCAAGACCGUCGAGGAACUGAAGAAACAAAUGGUUAGCAUGACUCGUCGUCGUCGUAACCAUUCGCUAUCUCCCGAUUCAAGUAGCGAAGAAGAAAUGGGAAGUGAUGAGGAGUUUGUUGGGGCUACUCCUUAGUGUUGUUGGAUUUGGUUUCUAGACACUUUUUAGUCAUUCUUGAACUUAACAUUUAACUAUUGAAAAACCUUUAGGAUUGCUCAAGUGUUUUGGAUGUCGUUGAAUUAAUUUUUAAGUGUUUUGGAUGUUGUUGGAUUGAUUGUUUAAGUGAUGCAGAUGUGAAUUGC